CUUCCUGGUGUGUAAGUAGCAAAUGGCGAGGCAAACGAUCUUGUUGACUGACGGCUGUGUCGUUAGUCAUUAUCGUUCUAAUAUAGCGCAUAGCGCACAGUCUGAGCGGGCAUUUCUUUUUCAAGCGUCAAAGUUGCAGCACGCUACAAGAACGGCUGACGGAUAGAGUGAAAAUUCUUGGCUAUUUCUAAUGUGAUAACGAAUGCCAGCAGACCCUGCGGCUCUCCUGGAUUCAGGUUUCUGCGUGUCGUACAAGACAAUGGGCGGAGACUGGAAUCCAAUUGGCUGUGCCAAGCUGGUCCUGCUUCUCUUCCUUAAUGUUCACGCCAGCCAGAAUUUGGUUCGCUGUGGAGUUCCCCCUGUUCGCGGAACAGACUGCUCCCAGAUCAAAAGUCAACACCCUGAAGCCACCAGUGGCUUGUACAUGAUUCAACCUGCGGGUGUCCCAAAACCUUUCAAGGUGUUCUGCGAGAUGCAGUCGGACGGCGGUUGGACCGUGUUCCAGAAGCGUUCGGGAGGAGAAGUGUCCUUCCGGAAGGACUGGCUCGCCUACAAACACGGAUUUGGGAACCCUCAGAGCGACCACUGGCUGGGGCUCCAGAGGCUGUGGGCGAUCACCAAAGCGGGGGGCAGUCGAUGGGCCCUGAGGGUGGACCUGUGGGACUUCGAAGGGGGGUCUGCGUUUGCGGAGUACAGAGACUUCAAGUUGGGAAAUGAGAGCCAGGCCUACCGGCUGGAAGUGUGGGGGUACUACGGCACAGCAGGCGACGCCAUCCGCGGGCGUGACCCCUCUGCCUUAUUGCUGCCCGGACUCAACCAGAACUGCCGCAGCUUCAGCACCCUGGACCGGGACAACUACAGCUGCGCGCCCUGCGCGUUCGGCAACAUCAGCGCGGACACCUGCAGCCACGAGGAAGGGGGAGGGGGCUGGUGGUACAGCCGCCGCUGCGGGUUGGCCAGUCUCCACGGCGAAUGGCACCCGGCCGGCAAGAACUGGGACCAGGCGUCCGGCCUCCACUGGUUCACCUGGAAGGACUCCGGGCCUUACUCUGCCCGUGCCACCCGCAUGAUGGUGAAGGCUCAUGUAGCAAACCAAUAAUGCACCUAGGUGUCAAUCAGUCCCCCCCCCCCCCCCCCCCGCGGAAAGGGGUUUGUAUCGCUUCAAAGCCUGCCGUUCUUCAACAAGAAUUAAACCGCUCUGUGAUUCUCACUUCUUUUGCAGCUUCAUGUUAUAAUGCGCUGAAAUCAUCCGUAAUGAUCAGUCUCGACUGAGUAAUAAUCCACACCCAUGUUAUUGGUAACUGCAUUAACCUUCUGAAACAGUUUUUUAUUUUUUUAUUUUAUUUUUUUGCUAAUACUUAAUGUAAACGUGAGUGAUAUAACAAAAAGUAAAUGGUUUGCACUCCCAAGAA